CUACCCCAAAUCCUGUCAAAAUCUCACCCCUUUUGUGACGAGCAGCGCCCUCACUUUCCACACUCGCGGGUACAAUGUGACAGCGUGAGUCUCUGCACUGUAUUUAUGGGACACCCCAAUAGAGGCCAAACAACAAAAAUUUUCCUUUGAUUUUUCACGCCUUCCUACGCGGUGGAAAAUCCCCGACAAAACCUCCCCAAUAUUGCCAUUGACCGCACCAAGGGGUUAACCAAUGGCUUGAGUGAGUGCAGAAGGAUAAAAUUGUACAUUGUGUGUGUUUUUGAAUGAACUGAAUUCCCCCCCAAAAAAAAAGUGUUUACAACAAAUGGAGCAGGAAAAGACGCUCGAAACGGAAGCUCCGGCUGCCCCAGCACGUCCACGGCGACGUCGACAAUCAUCCCCAGCUGGAACUGGGGUCAAGGUGCGUCGUGGCAGUGCAACAGCACGAUCCACAAGUGCCCAGCAGCAUGGCUAUGGGGCACAUGCAGGCGAGGAGAUUCUUCCGGAUGCAACAUUUGAGCUGGAUGUGGAUAUGAUGGUGCAUGACUUUGAUGAUGAGCGCACCCUCGAGGAGGAGGAGGAGCUCGCAAAGACCGAGUCCGAAGACCCAAAUGCCGAACUCUCCACACUUCAGAUGGAAUCCGAAAUGCCCCUCGAUGAGGUCCUCAAAAUGUACAAUUGUCAGUUUUCUCGUUCCGGCUCCGAGGCAACGAGUGACGCCCCCUCCGAGGAGGAUGAAGAGGAAGACGAGGAGGAGGAAACCCCGUCGGCGCUGCGAAAAUUGUACCCAGAAAUCCCAGAUUCCGCCGAGGGGGGCGCACGAAAAGACUGUGAUGAGGAUGAGGAGUCCGUGGGGGAUGAUGAUGAUGCAGCACAGAAGGACUUCCUCCUGGGGCACUGUCAAAUUGUCAUGGUUGGCUCCAAUUGGCAGGCAACAAUCCCCGAGGGGCUCACCCCGUAUGACGAAGAGAAUCCACCGGGAGAGGAUAAACUCCUCUGGGAUCCCACACCAGUCACCGCAGACGAUGUGGAGGGAUUCCUGCAACGAGCUGCAGAUGCAGAGAAAUCCCAACGACAGAGUCAUGCAGCUGGAGAUGCAAAUGGCAUGGAAUUGGCUGCCCUGCCACGAGGGAGUCAUCUACGUGACAGUGAGGGGGCUCUUUAUUCUCUCUUAAGGGCCAAAUACAAUCCCGAUGAAGCACUUCAGCAGCUCCAGACAAGUGUAGCACCCACCCCAAGUCGCCCGUGGACAGAAGAUGAAUGCAGGUUAUUUGAAGAGGGCAUCCGGACGCAUGGGAAAGUAUUCCGGAGUAUUCAUGAGGAUUUCCUGCCGCAUCGUCGUGUGGCGGAGCUCAUUGAAUUCUACUAUUUGUGGAAGAAGACGGAGCGACAUGAUGUCUUUGCCAAUGUUGAGCGGCUGCAGAAGAAGAAGUACAAGCUGAAUCCGGGUGUUCCGGACUUCAGGGAGGAAUCUCCUGGCGCUACGUCACUCAUUCAAUUCGACUCGAAGCGUCAGCUACCACGGCGGCAGGCUACGCUAUUGGGCAUGCGCGAUGAGAUGGAGCCCACCGAGGGGAGGAGUGGUGAGGAUCCUGGGGAGGAUGUCAAAGUGGAGACCAACUGAACUUCCCUAUUCUGGGUGGGGGAGGUCUGAUGAUCCAAAAAAAAAACAAAAAAGUGCCUAAAGCCAUUUA